CUUACUUUUCCCGCGAAGCUAAAGCAGGGGUUUAGGCAAUGGACUUUAUGGGCAUGCUGUGGAAAUGUAAGGUAUUUAUAGCAAACUACCUAUCCUCUGGGCUUUAAUGUCCUUUCCUUGCCUCAUGGAUCCGAGCGGAAGUGACCUGGAGUCGAGUCUGCCCCAGCCAGAGAUCCCUUGUCUGAUUGUAGAGGACUCCCAGCCGGACAGUGCGGCCUUGGAGGACGAUCCCGACAGCAGCUACCGAGCCUUGCUAGCACGACGCCUCUCCAGUUUGCAGCCGACCUCACACAGCCCGGUGCUGGAACUGAUAUCCUCCCCCGCAGGAAGUAGAAGCUCUCAAACCGACAGCCAAUCGGAGGCACCCCAGAGCAGCCAUCCACCCGGGCCAGCCAUCUUGGAGAACAACGAGACCAGUUCGUCUCUUCAGGAGGAAAGUCAAGUCCUAGAAGUCUGUUCUCUCCCUAACAGGAAGAGGUGUACAGAAGGAUACGUGAGCAUGGACUCUGGUGUAGACUCUACCACACACUGUGUCCAGUCUGAAGGAGGGACUUCCCAGUUUGGUAUGCUGGAGCUUUCCGAGAGCCAGGGCCUUCGUGGUGAGAGUAGGAACAGCCAGGAGGAAGAUAUAGCUCCUGCUGCUCAGACAGAGAGCAAAUCAAAGAGGUCUGAGGUGAGCUCCAGCAGCUCGUCUGAGCCCCAGGGCAGGGCGGCCAGAGAGCUGAGCGUCCAUGCUCUGCUUCACUCCCAGGGCCCGCAGGCCAGCGCCGACAGAGACAGCCAGGACCCCGAGCUGCUGUCCUCCCAGGAGGACCUGUUUGAUGCUGAGAAGACAGGCACAGGUGUGGACAGUACAGUGUCAGAGCUGGAGAACCAGGGACGGCCCACCCUGACCCCAGCCCACUCCCUGAGGCUGCUGCAUCUUUCUGGGCAGGGCACCCUCGUGAACGAGAGCCUCUCACAGAAUUCCGUUGACUUUGUGGCACCCACCCAGGAUCAUUUGAGCCAAACUCCUUUUAUCGUCCCCAACUCACCAACGGAACAAGGUGCAGACGAACCCAUGGAUACUUCUCUGCCUCCUGAUGACCAAUCGGGACGGAAGGACGAUGAGCCAAUGGAGAUGGACCUUGUUCCGAAGACACACCCAUCAGCGUCCACUCCAGUAUCCCAGAAUACCCCUGUGUUUGUUUUGGAAAAGCCUCUCUCUCUGCCCAGCCAGCCUGAGUUCUCACAUGAUGUAUUUGUGCCAACCCAGAGCCUGGAGGCUGGUAGCAUGUCUCCACACGAAGCCCACAAGAAGGAGGUGACAUUAUCUUCAUCACUGUCCAAUGACAGAAAGCGUCCAACUGAAUCGGGCCCAUCCAACAUAGUUUCCACCACCGUCCAGCCUAAACCCCUUAGCUGUGACCAGUCAGUGACUGAGUCCUUCCAGCUGGAGUUGUCUGUAAACACUGAGAGCUGUGUCCUGGCCCCAGGGCAGGCCGGAGGGAGUAGGGUGGAGGACGACAGCCAGGCCACCCAGAUAGAAGAGCUGGACAUGCUGCUGGGCACUGACACUAGUGAUGCUGUGACAUCACAGAGAAGCCAGAAGACUGGCUGUAAUGGAAUCUCCUCAGUACUGCUGAAAACUACCGCUGAUGUUCUGCCUAAAGUUCCCCGCGUGCCUGACUCACUGAAGACCCCUAGUGAGCGUGCCAGGACAGAGGAAUGUAUUUCUUCCCAGAAGUCUGACACGCACAAGCAGACGCCGAAUGUUGACAAUGUGAAUGUAAGUGUUAAUGUGCCCAAAACGGGCGUCUCCCAGAGUCAGCCUGAGGGCUCCUCAGCCAAAGUGUCCUCAUCUCAACAGAAGCUGGAGACGGUGGACCUGUCUGCUAGCAGCUGUGUCCAGGAGACUCCCUCCUCCUCUAACAGUGCACCCUGUGGUUUACCCUCCCAGUCCCUCUCCCAGUCUGUAUUCUCCCAGACCUCUCGUUUUGGCACACAGAAGGACCAAUCGCCGUCCAAGAAUCUAGGAGGAGGGCCGAGCAGCCAGCCUCCCCAGAGACUCGGAGACCCCGUCACAGCGAACCCGCGCUUCUCACAAAAGCGUGGAGGUGGCUCUGCCAGUCAGGAGGAGAAGACCAUGGUGGCUGAGAAAGAGGGGAGUGAGGCUGAAGAUGGGAUGGAGGAGGAGGGCAGGAAGCAGGAGAGCUCCGGGCUGUGUCUGGCGCUCUCCCAGAGCCAGGUGUUGUCCCCUGAGCCCAUGGAGGAGGAGGAGGGGGAAGAGGAGGGGGAGGGGAGCGCGGGAAGGGAGGACAGCUGCGUCAUCGUCCUGGAGGAGAGCGAGCGGAGCUCGCAACUUCUCGAGAAGGAAGUGAUGUCGCCGUCUUUCCGGAGCCCUCCUCAACCAAUGCGGAGCCGCGGUGCCGUUUCCACCAAUGGCACUGGGUCUCAGUCCAAGCUGGGGGACUCCCAGCCGGCCCUUAAUAAGGUCUCCCAGGCUGACAGAGUAGGGCCUCGAGAGCUAGACGCACUGCGAGACAAGAGCCUCAGUGACAGCUCUGGAGAUAUUCCUUUCCACUUCACUCUGCCUAAAGAAGGCGAACUGAUAGGCACAGUUGUCAGUGCCACGCCCCCUCUGUUCAGACACAGCACUCCGAACGAGAUGACUUCCUUCCCCAAGAAGUCGGCGGUGGCCGGCGACAUUUCCGCGGAGACGGCAAUGGCGACCAGUGACAUCACAGCGGGGGAGAGCGGGGAGGACACAGCCGGAGGGGAGGAUGGGAAACUGAGUUUGCGGAUGAAGCUGGUGACCCCUGUGGAGGAGGGCAGCUCUGAUUUGGAACGAUUCAGCCUACAAAAACCCCCGCUGUCAGAUGAGGAAAGCUCUGUCUCCAAGGUUACCACAGUUGCCAAGGCUGUAACCAGCUGUCUGUCCAGUCCUUCAGUGUUCAGUCUGGUCAGUGAGGCCCACAGACAGGAAGCUGAUGAUGAGGCCCAGCCCAGCGGCCCGGGAACACCUGUCAGAGGGCCACUGUUUGGGUCCCCCCGCCAGGGCAGGAUCUCCCAGAGCCACAGCCUCCUCAGCAGCCAGUCUGAGCCCCCCUCCAGCACACUAUCGCCUCCAGCAGAACCCUCCACACCGGGCCGUGCUGCUCAGCCCGGCCCACAGACUGGCUCCACAGCGGGGGAGAGAGAGCCGUCCAAGACCCCCGAACCAUCCACCCCAACCAGACCCACAGCCAGACAGAGGGCCGUGUCCCAGCAGACGAGCGUUGAUAACCCCACCACCCCCAGUCCCAGCAAGUCACAUCAGAAGGCCUUUUCCCAGCAGACUAGCUUUGAAUGCUCUGGUCCUCGAUCCCCAACAGGCAGGGGCGAGCCAGAGACUCCGCUCCACAGACCAGCUGCUGGUCCCGCCCAUCGCAGACACAUCCGGACCAUCCAGGAAGUGCGAACGACCGUCACACGCACCAUAACGGACGUUUACUACGAGGAUGGGAGGGAAGUCGACCGCAAGGUCACCGAGGAGUGUGAGGAGCCCGUGGUGGACAGCCGUGAGGUGGACAGUGUACCCUCUCCGUGUCGCACGGUGAGCUCCCUGACCUCGGGGGACCUGGCCGAUGUCAGCUCUCUGUCCUCCAAGGCGUCCAGCCUGCAGCACAGCUCUGUGGGCACCAGCAGCAGCAGCCUCACCGGCCCCCCGCCAGCGCGGAGACCAGACUUCAUCAUGCCCCCCUUCAGAGGGGCCAAGACGGCCAGCCCCAGGAGGGGGAGUGGGCAGCACCAGAGGGGUCACAGGGGUCAAAUGGCAAGGUCAGAGGUUAAAGAGGGCGGAGGUCAUGGAUCCCUGGGGUCUCGGGCCUCCAUCCCACAGACCUCCAGAGGACGGGCGAGGAGGGGCCGGCCUCCGUCCCGCUCAGCCCUGUCCAGGGGAGGUGGCACUGCUGCGGCCCAGCGUGGAGGAUCCCGAGGCCAGUCCUUGUCCUCCCCUGAGGAUGAUCCCUACACCCGCCGGGGUGUUCCGCGGGUCCCGGACAGCCCUGUCCAGCCCGAGGGGGCCAGCUUCUCCACCUCCCUCAGCUCCUCCCCAGAGGAGGGCUCCCAGGUGGGGAGCAGCUUCGUGGGGCUGCGGGUGGUGGCCAAGUGGUCCUCCAAUGGAUACUUCUACUCGGGCCGCAUCACCAAGGACUACGGGGAGGGCCGCUUCCGUCUGCUGUUUGACGACAGCUACGAGUGCGAGGUGUCGGGCAAGGACAUCCUGCUCUGUGACCCCAUCCCCGUGGAAACGGAGGUCACAGCCUUGCUGGAAGAUGAGUACUUCAGCAUAGGUCUGGUGAAGGGUCAUAAGACAGAGGGUAAGGAGUUUUACUACAGCGUGGAGAGUGAGGGCAAGAGGCAGUGGCACAGCAGGAGUGCUGUGAUCCUGUCCCUGGAGCAAGGCAACAGCCUGAGGGAGCAGUACGGCCUGGGCCCCUACGAACCCUCCGCACCCCUAGCCAAGGCCUCCGACAUCAGCCUGGACAACCUGGUGGAGGGCAAGAGGAGGCGCAGGGGCAACACUGGAGACCAGGGAACCCCCAGCCGGAGCGCCAGCGCCAGCCCCCGGACCCCCGGGCCCUCUGGGAAGAGGAAGCUGAUUGGCUCUGAGGAGGAGAGGACCCCCGCAAAGAGAGGCCGCAGAGGGGGAGGGGCCAGAGGAGGAGGAGCCAGAGGGGGCCAGCGACCGGGUGUGUGUAACACCUCUGGUAGUGGGACAGACCUCCCUCGCGAACCAGAGGACCUGGAGGGGACCCACGGCCCGCUGCCCCAGAGCCCCACCCUCUUCAUGGGCUUCGCCUUCAUGCUGACCGCAUCAUCUGAGACAGACCGCCUCACCAACCAGCUUGUCAGCGAGGAGGAGUGUGUUCAAACAGCUCCAUACAACAAAGGCUACACUGAGACCCAGCUGCUGGCUGGUGGAGGCUUCAUCCUCCUGGACUUCAAUGAGGAACAGUGCAAAGCAGCCUAUCAGAGCCUGCUGGUUGCUGACCAGCACUGCCGCACCAGGAAGUACUUGCAGUGUGUGGCCAGCGGGGUGCCGUGUGUGUCCCACAUGUGGGUGAGAGACUGCUGCAAGGACAACAAGCUGCUCAACUACAGGAACUACCUGCUACCUGCAGGCAUGGGGCCUGACAACUCCAUAGUGGAAUGGCAUCCCCGCAGCAGCCCGUUCAAGACCCUGCGGGUCCUGCUGGUGUUUGAGGAGCCUGUGGAGCUGUGGGCUCAGCUGCUGAGCCUGAUGGGAGCUGCCUCUGUGAGACAGUACCAGUCAGACAAGGACAGCUCAGACAUUCCUGAGGGCAAGUUUGAUGUGGUCAUCACAGACCGUGCCUGCCCGCCAUUGGUCCUGGAGAAUGUGACAUCACAGAAUCUUCCGUUAGUGUCUCCUGAGUGGCUGAUCCACAGUGUCAUCUGUGGCGAGCACUUGGGUUACCAUAGCAACCCUCAAUAUCAUCAUGACUACACGCCCUCGUCCUAAUCCAUUCCACACGUCCAGCAUCCACACAGUCAACCAUGUUUAAUGUUCUAUAUCAGUCAACUUGCAUGCCUGUACUGUAAAUAGUUUUAACCUGUUUGUUUUUACGAAAUUAUUAAACCGUGCCAGUUGUUUCAGUGAAAAACA